AUGAAUAAUUUGAAAGAAUUCUAUUUGAAAGUUAAAUAUAGAAAUGAACGAAUUGCUCAAAUUAAAUCAGAAAUAGCACGAUUAGAAGAAUCCACAAGAAAUCAAUCAUCCGAUGAGGAUAUAUUAGAUAUAAAUAAUAAAUUGGAACAACUUUCGCUUAAAUUACGUGAUUUAAAUGAUAAUCUCGAUAAUAAUUCGUAUAAACAAGAUGAUCUCAACAGAGAAAUAUCACCUAUUCAAGGGCACAUUAGAAGUUUGCACAAUAAAUUAGAACGAAUUAAUGAUUUGAAAUUGCGUCGAGCUGAAAGAAUUCGAAGUGACCGUGCAACAACUGAGGCUAUUGAAUGGUUGAAGAAUAAUCGUUCUUCAUUCAAAAAACAUGUUUAUUUUCCAAUUUGUAUGGAAAUCGAUGUUAAAGAUACAAGAUAUGCUGAUGCUAUUGAAAAUGCAAUUGGAUAUAAUUUGAGUACAUUUGUGUGUGAAGAUAAUGAAGAUUAUCGCACUAUGACCAAUGAGUUGUGUGAUAAAAGAGGAUUAAGAGUUAAUAUUGUAUGCUUUUCUCACACAAACGUCAACGAUUUUCAAUCGCCGUUAAGUGGCGAAGAGGUAGUGGUGGGUGUGAAGGAGGAUGAUUGUGGUGACGGUGGUGUAAAUAUUGAUGAUAAGCGAGUGUUGAGUGACUUUCUAUUUGAUUUGGAUUUAGAUCUUUUAUGA